UAACCACAGACAGCCUGGAGAGACGACUAGUAGACGUUAGUGACUUAGUGCUAGUUAGUUGUCAUAAUGGAGUCGUUGCGGGAAAGUGGUCGUCGUUCUCUGUCACAGACGUGCUGCUUGUUUGUGCUUCUCCUCCAUUUGCAGGCGGCUUUGACGGGAGACUGUCCUGCUGAUGGGCGCACCUGGGUGCCCUUCAAAGACAGAUGCUACCACUUUGUCCAUGGAGAAGAAGACAAACUCAAAGUGUACACUUUUGAGAAGGCGAAAAGCCUCUGCCAAAACCACGAGCUGCUGACCGUCCAGAGUGCUGAAGAGAAUGACUUUGUUGUCAAAUAUAGCCCAGAGGUGUGGAAAGGCCAAGUCAACGUUUGGCUGGGAAUGUAUUUUGAUACAAACAGUGAAGACAUGAAAUGGUUCGGUGAAGAUCUGGUGAGAUUCACAAACUGGGAAAGCGGAUCGUCUUUAUCCGAUCUUGUGCCACUGGAUAAAUGUGUGGCUCUGCACAGUGACACGGGGAAGUGGGAAACUGUCAGCUGCUCAGAUGACCUGGAGAAUGGAGUGAUAUGUGAGACGGCUCAGAAAGCAGAGGAAACCAAGCAGAGACCCAGCGCACUGCUGUCAGCACUGGUCAUUCUCAGCGUGAUCGCCAUUGUUGUUGUCUCUGCCGUCAUCUGGUUCCUGCACCAGAGGCACCAAAACCCGGGCUCCUCUGUCGUCACAGCCUUCGAGUACCACCCUCCGUUCAGAGUCCUGGACUCGGACCGGUCCUGCCUGGUGGAGGCAGAGGAGCUGGACAGCGGGCCAUAGGGCAAGGCUCUCCUCAGGCUCCAUCCAUCCACACAGUGGGUUACAUAGAGUGCCAAAUGUUUGACUCAGAAUGUGAGGUAAAUCAGUAUUUCCAACAUUGUUCAAUCCAGUGUAGCCUUGUGUGCAUUUCAUUUGCUUCAUCAUCAGGCACUAAUCUCGGUUGAAUCACUCAUAUUACUCAGUAUAAACGCUUAGUGAUAGCAUUUUCAGCACUAGGCAUGAUAAAAACACCUGUGAUCAACUCUUAAGAAGGGCAAAAAUAACAACUUUAUUUUUUAAAAAUGUUGCCGUCUCUAAGUUUCUGUUACACUAUAACCUUUUGUCUCAACAACUAGUCAUUUAAGCCAUGGUAACAAUUACUAAAUGAUCAAGUUACGUUCUCUGAGUUUGUCCAAGUACACACAACUUGACAUUUUGAGUGAAAAGCUGAGCUGACUUCUUUACAAAAGUGUAAAUGUUGCCAAUAGAUAAAUGGAUAAUGACAUUGUGCUCGGUUCAGAGGCAAGACAAUCUAAUCAGUCCAGUUGCGAUUGAUUUAAUGCUCUAAAAAUACAAUGAAUUAAUAUUCUCAGACUUAACAGUUAGGCUGCAUUCCUUUUAUUUCAAUUAGAGACCAACACAAACUGUUGCUAAACACUUGUCCUUUUAAUAUUUUGCACAAUAAUCAAACUGUCUUCCAGUUGUUGUUUUCUUUUCUUUAAAUCGAAAAGUGUAUAUAAUGUAAUUCAAAAAGAUUGGCAUCGUCUAUAUUAGAGAACAUAUAUGUAUCCAUUAUAGCAGAGAAAUCAAAGCCAGAACUGAAGAUGAGAAAAGUGUUACUUGAUCAGAAUGUUUUAUAAUAAGGCCUGGUGCAAGCUUUUAGCACAAUCUGAGCCCUGCGUCUUCACAAUAAAGUUACUCUGAGAAACA